AUGUCGCUGGUCCAUAUGCGGGCAUUCUCCUCGGCCGCCAAAAGCACGAGCACCAAAGUGGCCACGUCCGCCAAGUUUGCGAAUUACGACGCCGAGUGCGCCGGGGCGCGGCUCUGCCGGGCCAUCGAGGCCGGGGAGGAGCCCCUGCCGCAGGGGUUCGACGAUGUGGCGCACUUCCGGCUGUUCCUGCGGCUUGUCGGGGACCCCCGGGCAGAUCGGCCCCUGGCAGAGUUGGGCCCGAUGGGCCGGUUGCUGGGGAUGGACCGGGCAUCGGUGCAGAGUCUGCUGGGGCAUUAUGGCCGGGAGUUUGGCAUUGCGCCGGCCCGGCGAUCGCGGCAUGUUCCCCUGGCCGGGGUGGGCCCGGGGCAUGCGGUCUUCGAGGAUCUGAUGGACCUGGUCCGGCGGGAUCCGCCGGUGCUGCCGCCGCUGGUGCUGCCGCGACUGAUGCGCUUGCCGUUGAAGCAAGUGGAGGAACUGCUGGAGGAGCAUGCGCCGGAGAUCCUGGCCAAACCAUUGUGGGAUCGGAGCAUGUGCAUCGGCCGGCUGGGGCACCUGCUGACCGUGGAUCCCCCCCUGUCGAGGGGGGCAAUGGCCUUGCUCCUUUCGACCGAUUUGGUAUCCUUGACUAAGGCCAUCAACAGGCACUUCCCGGAGCAUGGGGAUGUGAUGGUGUCGCAUUUGCCAGCCCCAAAGAUGGAAGCCCUGCGAGGGGCAUUGGUGGCAGGGCUGCAGAAGGUGCCGGUGCCCUCGCUGUGGGCGAUCCACGAAUCGUCAGGUGUGACUCCUCCGUCGAUCACCCUGCACGGACCGGGCCUAUGCCCGGAGUAUAUCGUCCAUCUGCGGGGGGAGUUGCCGGCGGAGAAGGUGGCCCGGAUGCGAGAGCUGUUGCAAGAACGCCGGCACAGUCUCCGGGACAUGGCCAAGCAGUUGACGAUACCGGCCGAUCGACUCCGCUGGUACAUCAGGUACUACGAGCCGGGGGUGGUGCUACCGUAUUCCGACGGGCAGCCCGUGCGGCAACUUACCCGGCCGGGGGGUUUGGGCCGGCUGACGCUGGGCGAGUACACGCGGCGCUUCCUGCCGGCCACUUCGCCGGUGCACCAGGCCCCCCCGGGUGAAGGGUCGCCGGGGGGCGAAGGGACCCAUGCGCUGGUCCGGCUAUCGGCGGUCAAUCGGCUGGUAUACUUCGAUCCGCAGGUGCAUGGGUCCGGCCCGGGGACGCAUGUGCAGCUGUUGGCGCUGCGGCUGAGUCGGGACCUGGAAGCCGAGGCCCGAGGUCUGGCUGGACUGCGGCCCAUGCUGGCAGAGAGGGAAAUGCGUGAAUAUUUGGGCAUCCCCAAGAUGACUUUGUUAAAUACGAUGCCCUCCUUCGGAUGGCCCGAGGGCUUUUGGGAUUCGCGACGGUCAUUCCGGAAGUACGCCCUGGCGGAUGAGGACAUCCGGCGGCUGCGGCGGCUGGCGAAGCAGGUGCACCCGUCCGGCCGGCGGAUGCGCUUCACGGUGCGGGAGCUGGCCGCGGAUAUGGGCCAGCAUCCGGAUGUGCUGUUCGGCAUGCUGUACCGGUUUGCGCCGGAGUACUUCUUCCUGGCGCUGGGCCCGGGGGCCGGGUCCGGGCCGGGGGGGAUGUACGUGCCGGAGGAGAAGCUGGCCGACCUGCUGGCGGCGGUGGAGGGGAAAUACCCGCGGCCGGUGCUGCACCGGGUGGCGGCGGAUCUGGGCUGCGCCCUGCCGCAGGUGGUGAAUUCGCUGCAAGCGCACGCUGCUCGACAGGGCGUCCGGUUUACGACUCCGGACUACAUGCGACACCCGGCCGCACGGGCCUUUCAAGUGGAGCAGGCGAUGGUGGCACAUCCCGGCGCAUCCUUGUUCGGAUUAUGUGCUUCUGUCGAUGGCCUGACGAUUAAUGAUGCCUACGCUGCCCGGCCCUAUAUUUGCUUUGAGUAG